CACAAUAAAAAUGGUUGGACUUCGUCUUUGGACAGUGUGAAGAUGUUUGCCGCCUUGCAUUGAUGAGACGGUAUCGUCUUUUACCACACAUAUAUACUCUCUUUUAUAUGGCACAUACAAGAGGCACUCCUGUGGCUACACCGACAUUUUUUGCUGAUUUGAAAGAUCAAGAGUUGAGAAAACUUGAGAACUCGUUCAUGCUAGGAUCCCUUCUUGUACAUGCAAGGUUUAUUCUUUUCUUUCACUUACACGGAGUAUAUUAUAUUGGAAAAGAAUGCGGACUAUCCUCUUCGGGAAGGAGUUGGCUUACUUGGAGAAGGCGUUGAAGGAGAAAUCCAGCGAUCCGGAUGGCAUCCCAGAUCUAGAUCUAGAAGAGAUAGUGUUAUGGUCAUAUUUUGGGGCUAGGGUGGGUGUGGGGCAGAUAGAGAAAGUUUUCAUUGGAGGUGACUUUACUGGACAUAUUGGGGACUUGGCCGAGGGCUUCGAGGAGGUGAGUGAUCACUCGUGGUGGAAUGAUGUGGUUCGAGGUAAGGUGGAAGCUAAGAAGAUGGCUUAUAAGAGAUUUGUGGACGGUAGUGAUGACGAGGCUUGGGAGAGGAGAGCUUGUGAUCUGUAUCAUGUGAGAUGCGUGAAAGGAAGCGAUGGUAGAGCGUUGUUUAAGAUAGCUGAGGUGGCUAAUAGGUGGGGAGAAUACUUCCGUGGCUUGCAGCUUGGUGCAGGAGGAGAUUCCAGGCUAGAACUUGGUGACCUGGCACAGUCCGAGACGCAUCGAGACUUUGGGGAUUGUCGGCGUAUUAGUCAGGAGGAGGUGGCCCGAGCUAUCCGCGGGAUGACAAGUGGGAGAGCUUUGAGAUCGGAUGAGAUUCCGGUGGAGUUUUGGAAGUUUGUGGGACGCAGUGGGUUAGUUUGGUUGACUAAGCUCCUCAAUGUUAUUUUCAAAACAACUAAGAUGCCGGACAAGUGGAGGGAGAGUGUUUUGAUCCCUCUAUAUAAGGGUAAGGGAGAUAUUCAGAGCUGUGAGAAUUAUAAAGGAAUCAAACUGCUUAGCCACACCAUGAAGGAGUUAGAAUCAAGGGUGGAUGUUAAGAUUGAUUCCCACCUAGUGCCCAAGGUAGACAAGUUUCAGUAUCUUGGCUCGGUUCUGUAUGAUAAGAAGAUUUCGAGUCAGAUGAAAGGAAAGUUCUACAGGUCUGUAGUGAGGGGCCUGCUAUGCUUUAUUGUGCAGAGUGGUGAGCAGUUAAAAACCCCACGUUCAUCAAUUAUAUGUGGCAGAGAUGCGGAUGCUGCAGUGGAUGGCCUCCUCCCGCUCUUCGGAACGAAUGGCCCGAACCUCCUCCGCUAUGUCUGGGACUCUAGCCUCCGUCACAUCCGUAACUUCGUCCGUAUCAUCCCUCCCCGGAUGCACAGGGACCUUGUCCUCAAGGUCCAAAGUCGGAAAACGACGCCGAAUAACGUCCGCGGGUUCCCAGGUAGCAUCAUCAAGACUGCCGUCCGACCACUCAACCAAGAACUGCUCGACCAUGUGACCCUGCUGGAGGACGAAACGGUGCUGAUGGAUACGGACCGGCUGCCCAUCUACAAAUGUUGUUGGCAGCGGGUAGGAUGGGCCAGUGGGCUGCCCAUAGCAGCGUCGCAGCCGUGAGACGUGAAAAACGGGUGAAUGCGAGCUGUAGGCGGCAACUUCAAACGGUAGGCAACGGGCCCGAUCUUCUCCUCAACCUCAAACGGACCAUAAAAGCGACGGCUAAGCUUGGCCGACGGGCGCCGAGCAACGGAAUGUUGACGGUAUGGCUGCAAACGCAAUAAGACCCAAUCGCCAACCUCAAAUGAUAAAUCUCGAUGAUGCUUGUCCGCAGCCGCUUUCAUCCGCUUUUGGGCAGCCUCCAAAUUUCGGCGUAACUGAUGUAAUAGGGUGUUAUAUCCCCUAGUACUACACCUGAUCCUCAAAUCCUUAAACAAAUCAGUGGAAUCAUGUCUAAGUGUUACGAUCCUUUCUGAAAUGAAUUCUCCAACCCCAAACCAUAUUACUUAACCCUGACAACCUUGAGCCUAUCUCCAUCCUAAAAAGAGCCGUAUACCCUGCCCAGACUACCCCACUCCCUACUUGAAUCACUCCAUCAAAAUAACACGUUUUGUGCCAAAAGAAAAAACCAUAAGUCAAUUUCCUUUUCAUUUCCCUAAGCUAGGGCCGAAACACACCAAGCCAAACAACCAUAUUUCAUCACCCAACAUCCCACAAACAUUGUCCCCCCCUUGUCCCCUAGUACAACCGAAAUAACAAGCACAACAAGCCAAGGGAUAUUUUUGAUUACUUUGACCUUUAAACCACCAUAAAAGCCACCCUAUAAAAGCCAUAUUUCUCACACCCCACUGUCCCCCACUAUGGCAGAAUGAAUCACUCCCCAACCACCAAAUAUUCACCUCACUAGCCAAGCCAAAAUACCCAACACAUCACCCAUCCAUUUUGCCCUCUAAUAUGGCCGAAAAUCCCCUUCCAUUCAUGAAUAUUCAUUCAUGAAUCCCUGUCCCCAUUUUCCCUGAUUUUAUUCCAUGAAAGGACUCAAGCACAUGACUGCAUUUUCUAGGAUUUGUGGAAGAAAUAGCUUAGUAUUUUCCUUUGUAUGAGUGCCUUUAAAUUUCGGCCAUAGGCCUAUUGUAAUGCUCAGAUUUUUAUUCUUCAUUUCAAGAUAGAAAUACACUGGUUGUAUUCUGUUUUCAAAUCCUAAUUUCUAUAUCUUAAGGUUGGUUUCCUUAAGUGUGAGUGUUAGGUUCUAGUUAUUUAAUUGAGUAUGUAAUAUCUUAAUUAAAUUCUAGACUCAAACCCCAAGUGAGGAUAAGAGUGUGUUAUAUCUCUUAAAACCUACUUGGUUUUUAUCCCUUUUCCCCUCUUAUUUUCCCUUCCAAAUUUUCGGCCCUCCUAAAAAGCACAACCAGUAUCCCCCUUUUUCUCCCCUAUUCUUAUGCCUUUAAACCAUCUUAAAAAUCAACCCUUCAUCCUCCUCCAUAUACUCGACCAGUCCACUCCCCUCCCUUUCCAAACCCAAGCUUAAAUAUAUCAUAGGGAUUCCC